UUAAAAAAAAAUUCCAAUUAUCAAUACGGCAGUGAAAAACGCUUUUCAAUGUUUAUUUCAUACUUGAAUUGUGACUGUGAAGUUGAUACCAGCGACAGUCAUAGUCACAGUAGUGACAGCAUGUCUGUCGAGCAAUUGUUACUGGCCGUUAAAGAGGAACGGGAAUCGGAUGAGCAAACAACAUCAAAUGAUGGCACUGACUCAGACACGCAAUUGACAGGCAAUUCAAAUGCCGGUAGCUCAAAUGGCAUUGGAGCAGGUGGGGGUGGGGGUGGUAACACAUUAUUAAUACGACGUUUUCGUCGUUCUUCGAUUGGUAUGCAAAGACAAGCAGCUUUCAGGCAAAGGAAGCUCGAUUCGCUUGACAAUUGGCGCCGGCAAAGACGUACGACAGCGGCGAGUAACGCUAGACGUCCGAUACGUAUUGUGCCUGAUUGGACGGAGAAUGCCAUACAAGGUGAACACUUUUGGAAGCCAACUUCCGCUUCCGGUGAUUUGUGCUGUUUGAAUGAGGAGUGUAUUAAAAGUGGACAACGUAUGAAAUGCUCCGCAUGCCAAUUAAUAGCGCAUCAAAAUUGCAUUCCAAUCGUUAAUGAAAAGACUCAAUUAGCGUGUAAGCCAACAUAUCGAGACGUAGGUAUAAGACAAUAUAGAGAGCAAACGACAACUCAUCAUCACUGGGUGCAUCGAAAAAUGGAAAAGGGAAAAUGUAAACAUUGUGGAAAGGCUGUGCAAGGUAAACUAUUUGGUUCUAAGGAAAUUGUUGCAUUAUCCUGCGCCUGGUGUCAUGAGGUGUAUCAUAAUAAGGAAUCCUGUUUUAAUCCAGCAAAAAUUGGUGAAGAAUGUCGUCUAGGCAAUUACGCACCAAUCAUUGUGCCGCCCUCCUGGAUUGUUAAGCUACCGAAUAAAGGAAAUUUUAAAUCUUCCAUACGCGUCAACAAUAAAAACGCCGCCAAUAAUGCGGCAAAUAAGAAAAGACAAACAACGAAACGUAAUAAGAAGGAAGAAAAGAAGGAGCCACGUGCAUUUAUAGUGAAACCAAUUCCAUCGCCAGAAGUUAUACCGGUCAUAGUAUUUAUUAAUCCGAAAUCUGGCGGUAAUCAGGGUGUCAAGCUGUUGGGAAAAUUCCAGCAGCUACUGAAUCCACGACAAGUGUUUGAUUUAACACAAGGUGGUCCUAAGAUGGGUUUGGACAUGUUUCGCAAAGCACCGAAUUUACGUAUUCUCGCUUGUGGUGGCGAUGGUACUGUAGGUUGGGUAUUAUCAGUAUUGGAUAUGCUGACUCCACCAAUCGCACCAGCACCCGCAGUUGGUGUACUGCCUUUGGGUACAGGCAAUGAUCUCGCACGCGCCUUAGGAUGGGGUGGUGGUUAUACUGAUGAACCAGUCGGCAAAAUAUUACGUGAAAUCGGUAUGUCUCAAACUGUACUAAUGGAUCGUUGGCGUCUAAGGGUAACGCCAAAUACCGAUGUUGAUAGUGAUCACGUUAGUCGAAGUAAAGAUAAUGUCCCCUUAAAUGUGAUGAACAAUUACUUUAGUUUCGGUGUGGAUGCACAUAUUGCAUUGGAGUUUCAUGAAGCUCGUGAAGCGCAUCCGGAACGUUUUAAUUCUCGUUUACGUAAUAAAAUGUAUUACGGUCAGAUGGGUGGCAAAGAUUUGAUAUUGCGUCAAUAUCGCAAUCUUUCGCAAUGGGUAACACUGGAGUGUGAUGGCACCGACUAUACAGCCAAACUUCGAGAUGCUGGCUGCCAUGCUGUAUUGUUUUUAAAUAUCCCAAGCUAUGGCGGUGGCACUCAUCCAUGGAACGAUUCCUAUGGUCAAUCGAAACCAGCUAUUGAUGAUGGACUUGUUGAGGUUGUUGGCCUUACGACAUAUCAAUUACCAAUGUUGCAAGCCGGUCUGCAUGGCACCUGCAUAUGCCAAUGCAAGACGGCGCGUAUUGUUACCAAGAAAACGAUACCAAUGCAAGUGGAUGGUGAAGCUUGUCGUGUGAAGCCAUCAAUUAUCGAAAUGGAUUUACUGAAUAAAGCUGUUAUGCUCGCAAAACGUAAACAUGGACGUGGUGAUGUACA